AAUACCCGGCCAAAGAAGAAGACGAUUACUCCACAAGCAAAAAACUUCACUUUUUGUAUUUGUUAACACUCACGUGAAAGCUUCGUUCUUCUUCAACCUUUUGAACAAUCUCUCCGAUGCCAGUAAAUCACCGGUUACUCUUCCUCCUCUUCCUUCUAAGUUUCGAAACGGCACAGCGUUUAGUCACCGGUGACCCAAACGACGAAGCGUGCUUGACGAAUCUCCGUCAGAGCUUAGAAGAUCCGGCGAAUAAUCUCCGUAACUGGACUAAAUCCUUCUUCUCAAAUCCUUGCUCCGGUUUCUCUUCUUAUCUCCACGGAUUCGGGCUUCUCGCGAGAUUAUCGGCGUUUGAUGUCUCUAACAACAAAUUAUCCGGUCAGAUUCCGUCGAAUCUGGCGAUGCGAAACGGAAACUUGCCGAGAUUUAAUGCGAGUUCGUUUAUAGGGAACAAGAAAUUGUUUGGGUAUCCGUUGGAGGAGAUGAAGAACAAAGGAUUGUCGAUAAUGGCGAUUGUUGGGAUUGGACUUGGAAGUGGAAUCGCGAGCUUAGUGAUUAGCUUCACUGGAUUUAAGUCUCGCUUUGACUUGAUUCACAGAAGUCUUCACGUUUCUAGAGCUCUCGAAGAUAAUUUCCGGAGAAGUAACGGGAUUGGCAUGGUUUGUCUCGAGAAGAGCCACAACCACAACGAGCGUACCAAAAACUCCAAGUACGAUGAAUUCGCGAGUGAUGUCGAGAAAGCAUACAGGAUUUUGCGGAAAUUUCAUUCUAGGGUUCCGAAGUUGGAACUCGCGCUUAAUGAAUCUGGAGUUGAACUCCGACCCGGGUUAAUCGAACGGGUACUGAAUCGUUGUGGGGAUGCUGGGAAUUUAGGUUACAGAUUCUUCGUCUGGGCGGCGAAGCAACCUCGUUAUUGUCACAGCAUCGAAGUGUAUAAAUCAAUGGUGAAAAUUCUAAGUAAGAUGCGUCAAUUUGGAGCUGUUUGGGGUUUAAUCGAAGAAAUGAGGAAGGAGAAUCCGCAGUUGAUUGAACCGGAAUUGUUUGUGGUUUUGGUCCAGAGGUUUGCGUCUGCGGAUAUGGUGAAGAAAGCCAUUGAGGUGCUCGACGAAAUGCCAAAGUUUGGUUUAGAGCCAGACGAGUAUGUAUUCGGGUGUUUGCUAGAUGCGUUAUGUAAGCAUGGUAGUGUUAAGGAUGCUGCAAAGCUUUUCGAGGAUAUGAGAUUGCGGUUUCCGGUGAAUUUGAGAUAUUUUACUUCGUUGUUGUAUGGUUGGUGCAGGGAAGGGAAGAUGAUGGAAGCUAAAUAUGUUUUGGUUCAGAUGAAGGAAGCUGGGUUUGAGCCAGAUAUUGUUGAUUACACCAACUUGUUAAGUGGGUAUGCUAAUGCUGGUAAAAUUGCUGAUGCUUAUGAUCUUUUGAAAGAUAUGAGAAGAAGAGGGUUUGAACCGAAUGCGAAUUGUUACACGGUUUUGAUUCAAGCAUUGUGUAAGGUAGAUAGAAUGGAGGAGGCAAUGAAGGUAUUUGUUGAGAUGGAGAGGUAUGAAUGUGAGGCUGAUGUUGUGACUUACACUGCAUUAGUUAGUGGGUUUUGCAAAUGGGGAAACAUCGAUAAGUGUGAUCUAGUUUUAGACGAUAUGAUAAAAAAGGGGCUCAUGCCUUCUCAACUCACCUAUAUGCAUAUCAUGGCAGCUCAUGAGAAAAAGGAAAAACUUGUAGAGUGUUUGGAGCUGAUGGAGAAGAUGAAGCAGAUAGAGUAUCAUCCCGAUAUUGGCAUUUACAAUGUCGUCAUCAGAUUGGCUUGUAAGUUGGGAGAAGUAAAGGAAGCUGUUAGAUUAUGGAACGAAAUGGAAGGGAACGGUUUGAGUCCUAGAGCAGAUACGUUUGUUAUUAUUAUCAAUGGAUUAACAAGCCAAGGUUGUUUACUCGAAGCCUGUGAUCACUUUAAAGAAAUGGUAGCUCGAGGAUUGUUCUCCGUUCCUCAAUAUGGAACUCUGAAGUUAUUGCUAAAUACCCUUUUAAAAGACAAGAAGCUCGAAAUGGCAAAAGAUGUUUGGAGUUGCAUCACAAGUAAAGGCUCUUGCGAGCUGAGUGUAUCAUCCUGGACAAUAUGGAUCCAUGCCUUGUUCUCAAAAGGUUAUGAAAAGGAGGCGUGUUCUUAUUGUCUUGAAAUGAUAGAGAUGGAGUUCAUGCCACAACCAGACACAUUUGCUAAACUUAUGAAGGGAUUGAAGAAAUUGUAUAAUAGAGAAUUCGCUGUCGAGAUUACAGAGAAGGUGAGAAACAUGGCAGCUGAGAGAGAGAUGAGUUUUAAGAUGUAUAAGAGAAGAGGAGUGCAAGAUUUGACUGAGAAAGCUAAAUCUAAACAAGAUGGAGAAGGGAAGAAGAAGCAGAGCACUCGAUAAAGCCUUUUUUUUUUGUUGAGUCUUCAUACACUGCAUGUUGUUUUUUUGAAGCUUGCAACUUGCAAGUGUCGGCAAAACGGCAAGAAGUCAAUGUGUUAGUUAAAUGCGCAGAACUAAAACGAUAGCGUUUUA